AUGAUCAAAAUGCUACGUUCAAGGGCCCUAACGUCUGUUCUUAACAAAGAAAAUACUGGAGGCAUUAAAACGAUUCUUCUAAUAAGUACCGAAGGGGUUCUGUUUGCGUACACAAGCUUUUCGGAAGAUGUCGAACGCACAAAGGCCGCAAUUACAGCUAGCAUUUGGAAUCUUUAUCAACGUCAGCUCGACCAAAGAGGCGCCCAUAGUGCGCCCAAUCUUUUGCAAUAA